GCCAGCUCAAUGGCAGCGUCCUCGAGCGUAGGCUCCGCCUCUCGGAGGACAGGCCGCUGGGUACCGGGAAGGAGCGGCAACGCUUCAAGGAAUGGGACAAGAUGACACAGUGCCACUGAGGUCAAGGGUCAGGGCUCCUGCAGUGUCAGAGUCCUGGGGGGCCGGGUCUGGGACCCACCGCACCUCCCGUGCUUUUCAUGCUGACAGAUGCGCUGCCUGACUACACCCACGCUGCUUCGGGCCCUGGUCCAGGCCGCACACACAGGGCAUUCUAGUGGCCGGAGCCUGCACAGCGGCGCAGUGGCAGCCACCUAUAAGUACGUGAACGCGCAAGAGCCCUCCAUGGACAUGAAGUCGGUGACUGACCGGGCAGCUCAGACCCUGCUGUGGACGGAGCUCAUCCGAGGCCUGGGCAUGACCCUGAGCUACCUGUUCCGGGAGCCAGCCACCAUCAACUACCCGUUUGAGAAGGGCCCGCUGAGCCCGCGUUUCCGCGGGGAGCACGCGCUGCGCCGUUACCCAUCCGGGGAGGAGCGCUGUAUCGCCUGCAAGCUUUGCGAGGCCGUCUGCCCCGCCCAGGCCAUCACCAUCGAAGCCGAGCCUCGGGCUGACGGCAGCCGCCGGACCACCCGCUACGACAUCGACAUGACCAAGUGCAUCUACUGUGGCUUCUGCCAGGAGGCCUGCCCCGUGGACGCCAUCGUCGAGGGCCCUAACUUCGAGUUCUCCACGGAGACGCAUGAGGAGCUGCUGUACAACAAGGAGAAGCUGCUGAACAAUGGGGACAAGUGGGAGGCUGAGAUCGCUGCCAACAUCCAGGCCGACUACCUCUACCGGUGACACUCCUGCCCGGCUGGCCCGCAGCCCCUGCUGCCCAAUAAAGAAGCUCUGCUCUCCCCCACUG